AUGAGUCACUUGGCUUUGAGCGUCAUUGCCCAGAAACUGCACUUCUCCAGCGAUGAGGAGGGCGAGGAGAUGGAGGAGCACCUGAGCCACAUGGACCUGCUGAGCCUGCAGGGAGAUCCCCAGCUGGACAUGCCUUCCAGGUGGCAGCCCUCUUCCCCCUUCAGCCGCUUCCCGAUGGGGACCAUGUUGGCUCCUCUUCCCGUGGACAGGGGCACUCCCCGCCCCGCCAAGCUCCGCAUCCUAGAUGUCAGCACCAGGCAGUGUCCUGGAACCCCUCCUCAGUGCAACAACUGCCAGAAGCUGCGGCUGUGUGACACGCCUUACACUCCCAAGAGUCUCUUUUCAAAGGCUGCCCAACUCUCAACCGCCAACAAAGGCCCUGUUUCAAGAAUACGUCGACCAUUAGGCUUUCAUUCCAACUCUGACAACUUCAAGGUUCCAUCAGUGAAUGUGAAUCCCUUCACCCCAACACUGUACCAUGAGCUGGGCAUUGGACAGAGUGGGAAGAGAAAGAAGAGAGUUGAGGAAAGAACCAGGAGAGAUGUUGAAUUGCGAGAGGAUGAGAUGCCUGAUGAUCUACGGCUACAUUCUAAAAACCUCCGAGAAAAUAUGGUUUCCCGCUAUGCCACAGAAUUUUAUGAGCUAGAGAAAAUCGGUAGUGGGGAGUUUGGUGCUGUGCAUAAAUGUGUCAAGCGUCUGGAUGGCUGUCUCUAUGCCAUUAAGCGGUUGAAAAGACCUCUGUCUGGGUCAACUGAUGAGCAGACAGCGCUCCGUGAAGUUUAUGCACACGCUGUGCUGGGACAUCACCCCCAUGUGGUGCGUUACUACUCGGCAUGGGCAGAGGAUGAUCACAUGCUCAUUCAGAAUGAGUACUGCAAUGGUGGCAGCCUGGCAGACGUAGUGAUGGAGAACCUGCAGAAAGGAACUUCACUUUCUGAAGGAGAAUUGAAGGAGAUUCUGCUGCAAGUAUCCAUGGGCCUGAAAUACAUCCACAAUUCUGGCCUGGUCCAUAUGGACGUGAAGCCGAGCAAUAUUUUCAUUUGUAAAAAAAUGAUUGAUGCUAAGUCUGGAUGCUUGGAAGAAGACAGUGAUAUUGACGAGGAUGGUGGUUUGACCACAAAUAUACUAUACAAAAUAGGUGACCUGGGGCAUGUGACCUCAAUCUCAAAUCCCCAAGUGGAGGAAGGAGACUGCCGCUUCUUAGCCAAUGAGAUAUUACAAGAGGACUAUUCUAAUUUGCCCAAAGCGGAUAUUUUUGCCCUGAGUCUGACCAUCACUCUGGCUGCAGGAGUGGAAAGACUGCCUCACAAUGACAUGGCCUGGCAUUACAUCAGAAAAGGCAACCUUCCUACAAUACCUUUGCAGUUGUCACAUGAAUUUUGUGGUCUACUGAAGUUGAUGGUUCAUCCAAAUCCAACUGAGAGGCCUUCAGCAGCUGCCCUGACCAAACACCCCACACUUCGCAGAACGCUGGGAAAAUCAGCAGCACAGCUCCGCAAGGAGCUCAACGUAGAACGCUUCAGGACUGCCAUGUUGGAAAGGGAGCUGAUGAAAGCUCGGCUGUCGCAGGUCUUCCCUCGGACAGACCUCACAGAAGUCCUCCACCCUUGGAAGCAGGACCUCUUGCCAGGGAAGAAGAACCAACGGUUGGUGGGAGGCAGAAGCAAUCGGUCAGUGAGCUUCAACUGUGGUGGCUACUGAAGCCAUCUCUGUGCAAUGCUCU